AUGGCCUCAAGCCGGCUAGGGGCCAGGGGGCAGUGCCUCCGUUUGCUGAAGACGAGGGGCUUCUUGCUGCUGAAGCUCUUGGCCGCUAUCUUGGCCGUGCUUCUCUUCUGUGAAUUUCUGAUCUACUACCUCGUCAUCUUCCGGUGCAGCUGGCCCGAGCUGAAAACCCCUGAAGGUGCCGGCGCCCUUGGGGCCCCCAAGGCCCCUGAGCAUGUGCUCAGGGCCAUGUUCUUGGCUGACACCCACCUGCUCGGGGCCGUGAGAGGCCACUGGCUGGACAAAUUACGGAGGGAGUGGCAGAUGGAGCGAGCCUUCCAGACAGCACUGUGGCUAUUGCAGCCGGAAGUCGUCUUCAUCCUGGGGGAUGUCUUCGAUGAGGGGAAGUGGAGCUCGCCAGAGGCCUGGGCGGACGAUGUGGGGCGCUUCUGGAAGGUGUUCCGACACCCGCCUCACGUGCAGCUGCGGGCCGUGGCUGGCAACCACGACAUCGGCUUCCACUACCAGAUGGACACAUACAGAAUAAAACGAUUUGAGAAAGUUUUCAGCUCUGAAAGGCUAUUUUCUUGGAAAGGAAUUAAUUUUGUGAUGGUCAACAGCGUCGCGCUGGAAGGGGACGGCUGUGACAUUUGCUCCAGGGCAGAGGCUGAGCUCCUGGAAAUCUCUCAUUGGCUGAACUGCUCCCGGGAGGAGCAUUGCCCCCGCGGGUGCAGAGACAGACAGCGGCUGCCGGCCUCAGCCCCCAUCCUGCUACAGCACUUUCCGCUUUACCGGAGAAAUGAUGCCAACUGCUCUGGGGAGGACGCAGCGCCCCCCGACGAGAAGUACACCCUCUUCAAGGAGCGCUAUGACGUGCUGUCCCAGGAGGUCUCGCAGAAGCUGCUGUGGUGGCUGCGGCCGCGCCUGAUCCUCAGUGGCCACACGCACAGCGCCUGCGAGGUCCAGCACGGGGCAGGCAUCCUGGAGGUCAGCGUGCCGUCUUUCAGUUGGAGGAACAGAAACAACCCCAGUUUCAUCAUGGGCAGGAUCACGCCCAUGGACUACGCCCUGGCCAAGUGCUACCUGCCACGCGAGGACAUGGUUCUGACCACGUACUGUGUGGCAGCUGGGUGCCUCAUGCUCAUCACGUUAAUCCCCACUGGGCUUGUGUCUGCACCUUUUCAUUUUGGUCGGAGGGUGCUCAGAAAAUUUAAGACCAUGUGA